CGUCAAUCGCCCUGUUGCGACUACUCUAUAAACAUCAAAUUCUAAAGUAUCUUCAGUCACCAACAUAGACCUGAACACCCCAACUAUUCUUUCUUCGUACCUCCUAGGCCAUUAGUGGCCUCAGCCCCUCCAUCGUCAUGGCGACUCUCAUGGACUUUUCACAUCCAGAUCGUAGAUCAGAUGCAGAAUUUCAGGAAAUCCUUGACACUUUCGUUGGGGACAAUGAAACUGUCUUGACCGGCAACCUUCCAAACUUACUUGCUGGGUAUGAGAAGGACCACGAAAUAAAAAUCUUGGAGGAAGCAGACUUCCUGGGCGUUAAGGAGCUUUGCGAACAGUACCCUGACCUUGAGCUUGGUCCAGUUGACUUGUUUGGAUUCCUGAUGGCUGUCCUUCAGCGUGAAACUUCACCAGCUUACCCAACUCCAAACAGUGCCCCGUCUCCGGGACAUAUCACACCUGAAGAUGGACGUCGCCGACGGCGUAUUUCGGACCGUAUCCGUUCGCCUUCAGACAACUCUAGUUCCAGCUCGUCGGGUGAGGAAAAUGAUAUCCGCAGUAAUCGUCAAGGCUCUGCCCCGUCAAGCUCCCAAGCUUCUUUUCAAUCUUCCACCACAGCUCCAGGACCAGCUGGUUUCGCCGUUCCUGUACGAAAGAAGACCUUAUCCGAUCCUAACCGAUCCGAUAGCUCCCUGGACUCGCCUUUGCCUGUUCGCAUGAGGAGCAAAGACAAUCCUCCAAGUGCCUUCACAGGCGGUUUUGCUCGCCCUAGUCCCGCGAGCAGACGACGAACGGCGUCAUCAACAAUCCACCCAGACGAUGAUCUAAAAUCAACCGAUCUCUCGAACCCCAUCAAGCGUUCUUUUUCCUCGUCAUCACUACGCUUGCAGUCACCACAACCAUGGAAACGUCUACCUUCACAUCACUCGUCCCGUCCACCCUCUCCCAUGUCGCCUAUGGAUCAAAUCGACAGUACAUCCUUGCAUGAAAGAACUAAGUCUCGGGAGAUAGAUGAUGGUAAAUCAGAGGAAGUAGAACAAAUCGAGCAGAAAGUUAUUCCGGACGUUGAACUUGAUCAAAUGGAGGAUGAGGAAGGAAAUGAGAAGAGAGACGGUGUCGAUCACGAUGUCGGUGGGAAUGAAACACUAUUGCCAAGGCUAAGUAGAAUAUCGACUGAGUCUAUGGCCUCCUUGCAUACCUCUCAUGAUCAAUUGAGGAGACUCAGGAAGGAAAACAAUGAGCUAUCACGAAAAUUGAAAGAAACUGAGAAGUCGCUGGCUCUUCAAGGUGCGGAGAACGAGAGACUGGUGGAAGAUCUCCAAACGCGCCUUGAAGAGACUCAGUCUGAGAUUGCUCAGAGGCGCAAAGACGAAAAGGAAAUGCGAGGAAAGGACCGCGCACAGCUCAUCCAGAUCUCCGGUUAUGAGGCGGACGUACUUAGUCUACAGAGAAGCCUGGAGAACGCGAGGGCCAACCAUGCGAACAUGCAGAAGAUGUAUAAUUCUCAAUGCGAUGAGGCGCAGAGGUUGAGAGAUAUGCUUCGCGACCGUGACGAAGAGAUCCGAGAGCUGGAAGACGCUGUCAACGCUCACUCCGCUGACGAAGAAAAACUCACUCAAGAAAUACGAGCCCUAGAGGAUGAGGUCAAGCGCCUUGAAGCUGACCUUUCUCGAGCUCGCCAAGCCGAAUCUCAUCUUCAAGUGCAAAAGCAAGAGAACCUGGCUCUCAAAGAAACGAUCGACCGUAUGCGUUUCGACUUAGAUGAAGCUCGUGCUGCGGCUGCAUUGGCUGGUGGUGGGACAGGCCGAGGCACUGGCAGUGCUGCAGCGAGUUCAGUGGGAGGUACUAUCUCUCGUAAUCUAGGGGACGAAUUGGGGAGAAGGCUGGUGGCAGUCGAACGCGUGGAAGAGGAAGAAGUGGAGGAUGGUUUCGUGGAGACGAUUGUCACGACACAGCGCACAAGGAAGGUUGGUGGGAGAUCUGCUCAAUCUGCGGGCUCACCUUCACAAGACCCUGCUGUCCGCAUCGAGAAAGGCAUACGUGAAUAUAUCGAUGCCAGCGCAGCGACAGAUUCUGCUCUUCACGAAACAAUUUCUUCAGAGCCACCGGCUUAUACGGUCGAGCCCCCUCCCAUCAAUUCUGAUCAGAUUUUGCAACGGGCUCAUCCACGAGAUCAUAAGCAUUUGGAAGGACUUUCCGAAUCUGGAGAGACUAUCGCGGAAGAAGAGGAGUAUGAGGCAUUGGUGGAUGCCUUGGGUGUCAGGUGUACAAUCUUAGAGGAUGAGGUUAAAAUGAAGAAGCUGGAGAGGGCCAAGAAUGGAGGAGGGCCUGUCCGGCGCCGUCAUAAGAGACAUUCUUGGACAACGGACCAGGCGACAGGUGGUAUUGUCCAGUUUUUCUUUCACGGUACGAAUGAUUCCAGAGAUACUCUCGGGAGGUUUGCUGUGUUUGCUGUUGCUGUAUUUGCUUUCGGUGUAAUUGCAGGCCCUCACCUCCUCGGUCCUUCAGCUGCUGGUUUACACCCGAGAGAUUAUAAGCUUUUCCAACAGAUGAACACCCUAGCAAGUGUAGCGGGCGUUGGUGAAGGAUUCCUACCAGCGCAUAUGUUAGGGGUGGUGGAGAAUGGUGCCAGGUUAGUAGCUGGAAGGAUACCUACUUAACCUACCAAGCAUCGCUCCAAAUCCCAAUCAUGAGCGGUAAGAAGCGAGAGUGUUUAGACGUCGGAAACUGUACAUGAGCUCAGCUGUAAUAUAUCAGGGAAUUGCCUGAAUGACGGACUUGAGAGUAUAUCACUUCUCAUCAUUUGAACGUUACGAUAAUAUUUUAGGACACAUAAUGACUUGAACGACGGUUAGUAACGAGAUAUGCUAAGAUGUGCCAGCCUUAUCGUUAUGUCUAUUUGUACUGAUCAAUGUAUGUCGUGAAUAAAAAGCACAGAAUGCUGAAAUAGCGAUGGCGUUAGUAUGCAUAACAAUAAUUGACCGACUCCGUUCAUCUCAACAAUCACCAAUCAUCCCCCUACAAGACAGAAUGAAGACACUGAUCAAGUCCCCAAUGCGAUCCAGAAGAAGCAGCGAAACUCCAACAAGCAAUGGGCGACAGAUACCAACAACGAUGGCGUCUCGGCCGCAGAGGAGCACGUUGCUGUACUGUUAUGGUUGUCAACCAUUCUUCCUGAGAAUGAAAGGCUCCCCAACUUUCAUAACUGGAAAACCGGUCAUGAGAAGAAGGAUUUUUGGUCGAGAAAGUGUCUACAGUACCUUACUGCUGACAAUGGCUGCGACAGUCAACAGUUCCAAGGUGUUGCUCUCAAAGUCAAUGUCUUUCUUUUUUGGUAUCCUCAUGAGCGCUGAUAUGAUGGCGGAUUAACCAAAUUGUCGAGGUCGGCCUUGCAGCAUGGCUUCACUGUUCCUCUGAGCGUCGGCAUUAGCCACUUCAAAGAGAGAACAGUUCUUGAAGAUCCGAGCAUCGUGAGCAGAAGCAGGAUAACCGUACUGGAAGUACCGAAUCCUCUUCAUAUGGUCGCAAAUUCCUGGGUGCUGAAGCCGUAACGCCCUUUGUAUGAAAAGAAAUCGACCGCAUUAUGGCGAGCAGGCUUGUAAGCGAAGGGAACAUGAAACCCGUCGAUAAUCCCCACACAUCCAUCAGGAAUGUCCUCCUCCUCUUCAAAGCGCCUGUCUAUAGCCUUCCUCUCAUUUUCAUCUGGCCAGUGUACAUUGUUUCGCUCCAACGCCAGGAUGGCCUUAAUUACCCGAGUUGUCCAUCUGGCCGCGGUGCCCUCUGAUGGAUAACAACCGAUUCCGAACAAACGCUUUAAUUUUUCUGCGUGCAGUACGGGAACUCACCUGACAACCCAAAACUGCUCUCCUAUCUCAAACGACAUCACCAUCUCGGUGUACCUGGGUCCGUUGAGGGACUCGGCCUUGGUCCUGACACCAUUUUUGAUCGUCGAUGGAGCCAGAGGAAGGCGUAAAAGAGGGAAUUUUUGGUAGUAGCUAAUCGCUCCCCAAACCAUCAGGCUCUGUCGACCAGAAUGGAAGGUUGGCAGGAUGUGUUGCGGAGCGUACGCUUCGCCUACGUGUCGGGUAGUCCUUGGCCGCCUCGUAAUUCCUCCCCCCAGCUCCAAUGCACAUUUAACAACGUCCCGCCAGUCCCUCUUCACGUUGUUCCUUGCCCACUCUUUCCUCUUAGCUAUGGUUUUGGGCGAAAGAUAAGGCUUGCGCCUCAUAAUUCUGCGGUAAAACCCAUGCUCAUGAGCCACCUUGACGAUAGUUGUCACGUUGACAUUGUAUCUCUUCGCGUGGACGCUCCAGGGUUCACGGGGAGUGCGAACAAAGUCCCUCAAAAGAUUCCUUACUUGUCCCUGGUCCAACAUCUUUGGCCUUCCAGAGAUUGGAAGCGGAUAAGUGUGUCCACGGUGCGCAUACUCUCGACACCAGCGCUUGAUUGUAUAUUUGGGACGCUUAUAUUUUUUUUGCAAGAUUGCUGAAUGAUUUCCCACUUUUGUGGGCUUCCACAAUAGUCCGCUUGGUAGUAAGGGUGACCUAGGGUGCCGUGAUCGAAAAAAACGGACAGUUAUAAGUCCAUGAACAAUUCAAAAUCAUAUUUAUGGGGUAUAGUCAAAAACGCGC